AUUUAAACUUCAGACGAGUGAUAACAAUGAAAUUAGCAGCGAACUUAAAUUUUUUAUUUACUGAAGGCAAUAAUAGUAUAGCCGAAAGAAUCCGCAUGGCACACAAAGCUGGAUUUCGAGCAGUCGAAAUGAAUUAUCCGAACUCGGAACUGAGUGCAGUCGCUGAGGCAAGAGUUGAAACAGGCAUUGAAGUUGCACUUCUGACCAUCAACUUCGGUGACUCCAAAAUUGGCACUGCUAGCGUGCCCAAUGCAGAGGAGAAGUUUGCCACUCAACUGCAGGAAACCAUCAAUUUUGCUAAGAAAUUGAAGUGUAAAAAUAUACACAUAAUGGCUGGUCUUAUUGAGGCAGACGAAGCGGCACAUUUGAGGACCUAUGUAAAUAAUUUGAAAUAUGCAGCACGUCUUUUGGAAGCAGAGAAUAUGCUGGGCGUGAUAGAGCCGAUCAGUGCAUACGCUGUGCCAAAAUACCUCAAUAAUAACUUUGAAAGGGCAAGCAGCGUCAUAAGUGCAGUUAACAGCAAACAUAUACGUUUAAUGAUCGAUAUUUUUCACUUGCAACAUAUCAUGGGCAAUGUCACAAAUGCUUUUGCGGACUUCAAGGACAUUAUCGGGCAUAUACAAAUUGCGCAGGCUCCGCAUCGCCAUGAGCCUGAUGUUGCUGGAGAACUGGAUUUUUCAUAUGUCUUUGGGGUAAUAAAAUCCUCGGGUUACAGUGACUGGAUUGGCUGUGAGUAUAAGCCAAAAACAAACACGUUAGAUGGCUUAAAGUGGAUUGAAAAGUAUCCAAUAGUACACUUGUGAAAAGGGAUUAUAAAAGUGCAGCAGAACCAGUAUAUAAAUUAGUGUUAAAUAAAUCAAAUUUU